GCGCCGCAAAAUAUUUACAAAAUUGAUAAAGCCAGAAGGAGGACAGCUGCAUAAUUAAUACCGACUUCACUGCGAUUACAUCACUCUCCACCGACAAUGCCGACGCAACGCAGACGACGGGCUGCCCGAGAAGAGGAGUCUGAAGACGAGGACUCUCGACCUCGCCAGAGACAAAAUCGGGAGGAAUCCGCCGAGGCUGCAGAGUCGUCCGACGCCAGCGACGGCGGCGCAAGGAACAACUCAGCCGAUGACCAGCUUGCGAAGAAGCUGGUGCGAUACGCACUGUCAUGCGAAUACUCCAGAACACCCAUCAGAAGAGACGGUAUAAAAGAGAGAGUCUUGGGAGAACAAGGCCGAUCAUUUAGGCGCAUCUUUGAACUAGCACAGAAGCAGCUACGGACGAUAUGGGGAAUGGAACUCCGAGAAUUGCCAGUUCGAGAAAAGAUGACACUGCAAGAGAAGCGACAGGCCAUGCGAACCAACACACAACCCAAGACGGGCUCGGGAGCCUACAUUCUUACGUCGACACUUCCAGAGGCUUAUAGAGCAGCAACGAUAAUCAAACCCUCCAACACACCUACAUCUACGAUCGAAGCCAUGUACCUAGCAUUCUAUACCACUGUGGUGUCGCUCAUUUGGUUGAAUGCGGGCGAAUUGAGCGAACAAAAGCUAUCCAGAUACCUGACACGGUUGAAUGCGAAUCGAAACUUGGGAAAUGAAAAGACAGAGUUUGUUUUAAAGAAGAUGGAGCGUCAAGGCUAUGUGGUCAAGAAGGUCGAUCGCCCUCCUUUAGGACAUGAUGGCGAGGAUCAAGUAACCUGGCAUAUCGGUCCCAGAGCAAAGGAGGAGAUAGGACUGGAUGGAGUCAUGGGAUUUGUGCGAGAAGUCUACGGUGACAGUGAUCCAGACUUGGAGAGAAAACUUCGAGCCAGCUUGGGAGUUAAGCAGCAACCAAAGCCGACGGAGGAACAGGCGGAGGACCAACCCAUGGAGACUGCACAGGAUUAAAAGCGCGCAGCAACGUAAAUGAAUCAUA